GACAAAAGAACACACACUGCGGUCGCUUGAGGUUGCCCUUGUCAAUUUUGUGAAUCCCACAACCAAAAUAGAGGAAAAACAAAUUAAAAAAAAAAACUUCAAUCGUCGAGAGGAACGAACGAAAAUGCAGCAGCAAGGGAAGAGUAGUGGAUCUGAGAUGGAGGUGACGUGGCAGGACCAGCAGAACAUUAAUACCUUCAGCCGCUUCAAUAAUCGAUUCCAUGAGCUCGAAGACGAAAUCAAAUUCGCCAAGGAAAAGUGUGAUAAUCUGGAAGAUGCGGGGAACGAGCUGAUCCUUGCUGAUGAGGAGAUGGUGCGGUUUCAAAUAGGAGAAGUCUUUGCUCAUGUGCCCAAGGACGAGGUGGAAACGAGGAUUGAAGAGAUGAAAGAGGCCACCUGCAAAACCCUUGAGAAGCUCGAGCAAGAGAAGCAAUCACUCAUCUCACAAAUGGCUGAGCUUAAGAAGGUGUUGUAUGCUAAGUUCAAGGAUUCUAUCAACCUUGAAGAAGAUUGAAUCUUACAAUACUCUCUGUGUAACCGAGUGUAAACCAGGAUUCUCGAAUUAUAAAACUAUUGGUUUUUUGUUUAUUUGCUUAAUCAUGAGAGAGUUUUAUUGAAACACAA